AUGGAUUCACCGAGCCAGAAACUUGUGAUAUUGCUUGCGUUUUCCCUUGCCCUCGUCUUCUCCGCAUCUUCCGCCAGUGCGGAAUCCAAACUGGUAAACGAGGUCUGCAGUAGAACUAACGACUACCCGAGCUGCAUCGCCGCUCUUCAACUCGACCUGCGAGCUACGAAAGCAACCACACUUCUUUCUCUCAGCGAGAUCGCUUUGCAAGCGGCGGCAACGGACACUGCCAGGAGUCGAAAGGAUGUGGACCGGAUGCUUGCGGACCCGAACACGAGAUCUUCAUGGAAGCCAGCGCUCCAGACUUGUAAAGCUAACUUCGACAAGGUGGCUGCGGAGUUCUCGGCCGCGAGCCGCAAACUUAUGAUGGACAGACUGUCUGCAAAUUAUGAUGUUCUGAUGGCCUCGCAGGCAAUCAACGCCUGCUUGGCGUUCCUGAGAAGCCACAAGCAGAAUGUUCCACCAUUAGUCACCAGACGCGCUCAUGCCAAAUCUUUCGUCUCCAUCGACCUCGUCGUCACCGAGUAG